UUUUGUGUCUCAGAUUUAAGGAGGGUUUUACUCGCUUUUUGAACCCAAGAGCACUAGUGGGUAGAAGUAGGGUGGACAAGCAAGACAGCCAGCGAUCUUGUGUUGGUUUGACGAUUGAGAAAAUGUGGAACGGUAAUGGAAAUCAGAUGAUGAGGAUGACAACGACGAUGAUGAGGUAUUUCUCUUCGAGCUCGAGGAAGCGCGCCCCCAAUUUGAGGAAAAUAAACCCUAGGGUCCCAUUUCAGGAAGCAGCUGUCAUUGCGGAAGGUCUCUACGGCGUCGUCAAGAGCCAUGGCCCUCUCAGUAUUGGCGAUGCUUGGAACGUCGCCAAGGAUGCUGGGAUAAGUGGAUUAAACAGCAAAACACACAUGAAAUUGGUGCUCAAAUGGAUGAGGGGUAGAAGUAUGCUGAAGCAAAUCUGUAACCAUGUUGGCUCUAGCAAGAAAUUUCUGCUCACUACACUUCCUGAAGAACCGCAACUGAACAAGCCAGACAGUUCCAUGGAACGGAAGCUAAAAAGUGAAAAACCUAAGAAGUUGAAUAAAAAAUGAUGACAGUUAUGUAUUAUUUCCUUAAAUUGAAAUAGCCAUGUAGUUAAGCUCGGAGAAUCCACAAGGUUAAGGUAUACUUCCAUUAAAAUUCACGCUUGACAUGCUUUUCUUUAAUUUUGUUUGGACCAUCUUCUGUUUAUCUAAAGAUACAUCUGCAUUGAACUUCAUUUUUGUAAGUACUUGUUUGAGUGCAGUUGUUGGUCUAAGGCCA